CGAGGGGGUGGGGUGUGGGAACGAGGGGCGUGUUUUGGUAUAUAACACUUCUCACUGUGAAGUUUUGCCUGUCGCCUGGUCUUUGGGACAGCUUGUCACACAUCAUCCCUAUAGCCUCACCAACUGGGAAACUAACUCACCUGCAAUCCCUCCAACCAAAUACCCCUCCACCACCUCAACCACAACGCUUUCUUCUUCUUUAUUUUUUACUUUGACUACUGCCAUCUGACAUGGAGACCCAGCAAAGACACGGACAGCACUCACUUUGCCACACCUGCCGGAGAGCGGAGAGCAGCAGACUGAAGGUCAAGAAGAUGUCUUCGUCCAGUCGUGCGCUGCUGUUUGCUUUGGCCCUGACGCUCUACGUUGUGGAAAUGGCCUCGGCGGAGACGCUGUGUGGGGGAGAGCUGGUGGAUGCGCUGCAGUUUGUCUGUGAAGACAGAGGCUUCUAUUUCAGUAGGCCAACCAGCAGGGGUAGCAACCGGCGCCCCCAGAACCGUGGGAUCGUAGAGGAAUGUUGUUUCCGUAGCUGUGACCUCAACCUGCUGGAGCAGUACUGUGCCAAACCCGCCAAGUCCGAAAGGGACGUGUCGGCCACCUCUCUACAGGUCAUUCCCGUGAUGCCCGCACUAAAACAGGAAGUCCCGAGGAAGCAGCAUGUGACCGUGAAGUAUUCCAAAUACGAGGUGUGGCAGAGGAAGGCGGCCCAGCGGCUCCGGAGGGGUGUCCCCGCCAUCCUGAGGGCCAAAAAGUUUCGAAGGCAGGCGGAGAAGAUCAAAGCACAGGAGCAGGCAAUCUUCCACCGGCCCCUGAUCAGCCUGCCCAGCAAACUGCCGCCCGUCUUGCUCGCCACGGACAACUAUGUCAACCACAAAUGAGCCCGCCGCCAGCCCUUUGCACAGACAAGAGUUUGGAGGGAGAAAAAAAAAGACUAGGGGAUUAUAGCUUUGUCUCUGACGUCAUUUCUGUGGCAGUCCUCUCUGACCUCCCCUGCCCUGUCCGAGCCCACCAAUCCCUCCCCCUGCUCUCAUCCACUACUUCUUGACCCUCUGGCUCUUUUCUAUUGCCCCCGUCAAACCCACCCACCCACCCUCCUCCGGCGCACAAACAUGCCUUCACAUUCUUCCUGUCUGAAGUCUUUCGCUCCCUCUCUUUCAGUCACUGACACAAAAGGCACAAACACAAAUGAUGAACAAAAAGUUAACAAUUCGGCUGAAUGCAAUUCAGGUGGAUCCUUAAGCAAAAGAAAAAAGGGAAGAGAGAAAAGAAGAUGAAAGAGAUCCGUGGUUCGCAAGUGUCAAGAGGACACCCAGCGGAAUGUUUUUUUGUCCUUGCGGAAGACAACUGAAAGUGAAGAGCAGCUUGCAUGAAAGAAUCCAUUCCACAUCAUUUUUCCUGAGGCAAAAAGAAAAUCUCUGUUAGUUCUUUUUCUCAUUAGUUUGCACCUCUACCUAUAAAGGGACUUCCACACUGUAAGGAAUUAUUUUGUAAAAUUAGAUUCCUGUUCCAGCACCUUUUGAUCACAAACAAAAAGCAGAAAAGAGUCUGCAAAAUUGCACAUUGCCACGGAUUACGUCAAAGUAAAGAAAAAAAUGGCACUAUUUUUUUAUGAACAAUGAACGUGUAGCUUAAAAAAAUGUCAUGGUGCUAGCUUUGGGAAUGGACUCAAAGAAGAGGUUGAAAAGCACGUUUUUUUUCUUUGAAUGAAUAUUAAAACUUUCCGUUUUAAGGAAAGUGUGACUUUAAAAAAAGGAAAAUAAAGGAUCUGGGGGCGCUCCUGGCAGUGGCAAUGUCAAGGGGGAAGUGUCACUGAGAAAAGAUAUGGGCUGUGUUGGCGUCUGGGCUCACAGCGAGUGCUAGCGGCUGCUCAUCACUAGCUUGCCAGCAUAAGCGGCAAGAGGGACCUGAGACCCAGUCCCCCGUUCCUCCCGUCCCUCUGAGGCUGCCGGACACAGGGAGCAGUGUGGGGACACAUAUAUGGGACACCGUGGACCGGCUGGAUUGGGACAGUACUACAGUUCUGGGACAGUACUUCCUGUUCGCCAUGGCUUUGCAGACUGCUCUGACAGGAAGUUUCAUGGCAUGGACAUAGAGCGAGUGGGAUAAUGAUGAUUAUAUUUUAUUUUGUCUUUUUUUUUUCUGUUUUCUUUUCACAUCAAUGUUUCAAUGAAAAAAGGAAAACCCCGUCAGUUUCUGGUACCGUGACAUUCCUGUUUUUGCAAGUUAGGCAUUUUUUUCUGUUUCCAUGGUAAUUAUUAUGAUGUAAUUUUACAGUUCUAAAGAAAGGCACAAAAUUUCAAUUCAAAGGGAAAAAAACAGCAAUAAUGUCAACUAACAUUUUAUUUUUUAUUGUAUAUCAGUAGUAUUCACAUGCUUUUGCCUGAAAACAAAUACUUGAAUAUAUAUAUAUAUAUAUACAUCUAUAUAUAUAUGUAUAUAUACAUACUGUAUAUAUACAUAUAUAUAAAUAUAGAUAUAUAAUUAGUUUCCAGGGACGUUGUGUUAUUUUCCUUUAGUCUGAGCUGUAUCUUGCGUAAUGAGCCGCCAAGCUUUUUUGUUUGUUUGUUGAAAUACAAAUAAGGGCACUGUAUAAAGGCAUUAUUUAUUUUAUUAUAAAAUAUAUUUGAAAAAUUGGUCCAAAUAAUAUACGUAGCACUGAUGCUCAACUGACGGAUUUAUUUUGUAUGAUCUCUGUUUUCCAAUUGGAGUUGUAAGGCUUUUUUGUAGAUGCUUUGUACCAAAAAUAAUGUCUCUUUUUUUUCUCCUUUUUUUUUUGUUUUCCAUAGUUACUAUAAAUUAAUAUUUUAACAGCAGCAUAGCCUGGAUUGCUUAGGCAUCUUAUGUCACAGAAAUAGGCACAUACUCUGAAUACGUUGGGUCUGCAUGGACUUCCAGAAGCCUGUCAGGGUUGUCUGUGAAAAAGGAAAGCAUCAUUGAGUGAUUUUAUCAUUGGAAAAAAAAGUAACUGUUCAACAUUGAUUGUACUCAAACCCACUAUGUUUUUUUUAAAGCCACUUUAGUAUUGAUGGCGGGGAGAAUGAUCAGUCCUUCAUUAAAUCAUGUCUUUGUAAUUAUG